CACUGAGCCACACCAGCCAGGACCGCCCUACCUUCUAAACUGACUUGCUAUUUUGGAUUGGGUGACUUGCAGCCAGAGAAGAGAAGGCAAUGAUUUAGGGAGGAGUGCUGGGAAUUCCGGGUCCUCUCUACUCCCUCGCCCAGGCACCCACCUUUCAAGGGAUUCUCCUCAAGUGCCACAGAGCACUCCCAUAGUCCUUGAGGAUCGCAACCAGGGAGACAGGGAGUUGGGUUCUGUUGCUCUGGUGACCAGUUGUCUGGGGCCUCUGCAUCGGAGCUGCCACGGUUCUGGGAAGAGGCAGGCCUGUGUGGCUCGGGCUUAGAGGAAGGCUUUGGCCAGAAGCAGGAGAGGACACAGGAGUGGAGUCAUAGUCUUGGUUCUACCUUCAUCCCAGUGAUGUCCACCCUUUCAGUAUUCUUGGAUGUGCCUCUAGCCCAGAAGAUGGAAGGCCUCUUGUUAAAGGCCUUCAAACAAGACGAUAGCCCUAACAAGAUAUUCCUGGCCUAUAAAGUCUGCAUGAACAGCGAGGGCCAGCCCUGGGCUGCUCCCGUGGUGCACAAGGCCCGCCUGCAGAUUGCGCAGGACCCCUCCCUCAACUAUGAGUACGUGCCGGUGAAGGGCAUGAAAGCGUUCAUCCAGGCCUGCUUGGAACUCCUCUUUGGAAGGCACAGCCGGGUCAUCAUGGAGAACAGGGUAGGGGGUAUACAUACAGUUGGUGACAGUGGCGCUUUCCAACUUGGGGCCCAAUUCCUCAAAACUUGGCGUCAGGAUUCUCAAAUAGUUUACAUCAUUUCUUCUCAAAGAGAACAGCACGGACUCAUCUUCCAGGACCUGGGCUUUACGGUUUAUGAACACUGCUUCUGGAACUCCAAGGAGAUGUGCAUGGACCCCGACAUGUUCCUCAACGUGGUGAAGCAGGCCCCGCAUGGCUGUGUCUUUGUGAUCGGGAACAUGGGCAACUGCAAGCUGACGCAGUGUCAGUGGGAGAAGUUGAUGGCCGCCAUGAAGAAGAAGCAGAUAUUCCCAUUUUUUGACAUUCCCAGUCAAGGUUUAUUCACUGGUGACGUGGAAGAAGAUACUAGAUUCUUACAAUACUUUGUGUCUGGAGGCUUGGAGUUCUUCUGCAGCCAGUCGCUGUCCAAGAAUUUUGGCAUUUACGAUGAAGGAGUGGGGCUCCUAGUCGUGGUGGCGCUCAACAACCAGCUCCUGCUGUGCGUCCUCUCCCAGCUGGUGAAAUUAGCUCUGGCCCUGUGGCUAAACCCUCCUACUUGCGGUGCCCGCAUUAUCACCUCCAUCCUCUGUAACUCUGCUCUGCAGGAGGCCUGGAAGCAGAGUCUGAAAGAGAUUGUAGAGGACAUUAUGCUGAUUAAGGAAAAGGUUAAGGAGAAGCUCCGGCUCCUGGGAACCCCUGGCUGCUGGGAUCACAUCACCAACCAGAGUGGGACCCAUUGCUACCUUGGACUCAGCUUGCCACAGGUGGAAUACAUGGUCAAGAAGAAACAUAUCUACAUCCCCAAGAACAGUCGGAUUAACUUCACCUGCAUCAACGCUUGCAACAUAGAUUACAUCACUGAGAGCAUCAAUGAGGCCAUCCUCUUCACUAAGGACUCAGAACUAUCUUCAGAAGGAAAAUGACUCCUAGUUAGAAUAAAAGCUUUAGCCUCUGCAAAAAUCCUGUGCUGACUAUUCACUGCAACUAUUCAUUUCUCUGUAAAGCACUCUGUCUCUCCAUCUACUUAUAAAGCAUUGGUCGGGCCUUAGGAAAGAGGGAGGGGGGAAGAGGCUUAGAGAAGAGGGGGAUAUCUACCUUAAUGUACCAUCUCAUAUUUAUUGAACGCUUACUGCAUUAAAGCCCUGACCUGGUGUCUUAGUUCGUUUGGGCUGCUGUAACAAAAUACUAUAGACUGGGUGGUUUGUAAACAACAAAUUUAUUUGCCACAUUUCUGAAGGCUGGGCAGUCCAAGAGCAAGGCACCAACAGAUGCAGAGUCUGGUGGAGGCCCACCACGUGGUUCAUAACCAGCAUCUUCUAGCUGUAACCUCACAUGGCAGAAGGGGUGAGGGAUCUUUCUGGGGCUUCUUCUAUAAGAGCACUAAUUCCAUUCAUGAGGGUUCUUCCUUCAUGACUUGACCAUGCCCAAAUACCAUCACACUGGUGAUUCGGUUUCAGCGUAUAAAUUGGAGGGAAGCACAUUUAGACCAUUGUACCUGGGCAUCAAGUGGAAUGUAAAAAAAUCACGUAUAGUCCAGCCCUUUUUCUCUAGCCGCUUAAUUGGGAGACAGCCUUAGUCACAUGAAACAGCUAAGUGACGUUUCAAGGCUGACUGUAAUAAAACAUGGCAACAGGUGAUAUAGAAGUGAAGAUUCCGAUCCCAAACCUUGAUGUCAUUCCCGUGGAGUAAAGGUGAAUUGUCCUGAAGAGCCCCUCCCAAAGUACAGACUCACGAGAAAAUGUAAUGUUGCUGUUGUUUUAAGACAGUAAGU